UCCAGUUGUGAACCGUUACAUUGGGUUGGCACGUUUUCCCUUAUUUCCCCCCCCGUCCCUUUUUUUUAAUCCGUAUAUUUAACUUUGCGUAUGUAGAUUAAUGCCAGCACACUGUAGGCAGCAAACAAGGUAUGUGAAAUAGCUGAAACAUUCAGGAGAAACCGUUAAAGAAAUAACUGGGUGCGACGGUUGAAGUUAACUGGCAAAAUAUAGCCAUGGUGGUGGUGAUGGUGGUGGCGGCGGCGGCGGCAAGUUGGAGGCGGAUGACAAGCGAGACGGGAUAGUUGAAUUCAGCACUUUUGGAGAAGGAUGGGUGUGUGCGGAGAGUGGUAUUGUUAUUCGUCUUAUUCAUCGUCAGGUUAGACGUAAAGUUGAAAGUCAAGCCGCAGGAGAAAGGGGAGUCUCCGCCCGGAGGGACAAGGAAGAGGAUGAGGAGGCAUCGCGUCUCGUUCCUCGUUGGCAUCUGACUACGCGAAGUCUUCCCAGUCAGGUGGAUCCUUCCCCCAGUCCGGAUGAGAGGCUUUCUUAAUCCAGUAUAGGUGGACAUUGUUUGUUGGCGAAUACAUGACUUAGCCCCGACAAUUGACCAGCUUUGAUCCGCAGCGCUUCCUCUCUGAAGUUUAUUGUUGGCCACUGUGCUUCUUUGCUGCUGUAAGGUAGAGCAGCCCCGCUCUGCCUUGGAAGCAGUGACAAACAAACGGAUCGACUGCCCUGUGAAGUGUUCUUCUUUUCAUGGAUGCCAGAGUGGCCCUGCUGCACUUAUGGACAGUCCUUGUCCCCCUGACAGCGGAACUGAAGUGGAUUGAUGCUGCAGAGGUCUACACCAACACUUGGGCUGUCCAGAUCAAUGGGGGGCCAGAGGAGGCUGACCGCAUCGCCAGGGAACAUGGUUUCAUCAACCUCGGCAAUGUUUUUGGAGAUUAUUAUCACUUCAGGCAUCAUGCUGUGGAGAAGAGAGCUUUGUCUGGCCACAGGGGGAUGCACAUCAGACUGCAAAAAGAACCACAGGUCCUGUGGACAGAGCAGCAAGUGGUGAGAAAAAGGAAAAAGAGGGAUGUGUAUGAAGACCCAACAGACCCUGACUUCCCCAAGCAGUGGUACCUGUCUUCCCCAAUACAUCAAGACCUGAAUACCAAAGUAGCCUGGGCUCAAGGCUACACAGGAAGAGGUGUCGUGGUGACUAUCCUGGAUGAUGGCAUCGAGAAGGACCAUCCUGAUCUCAUCAGCAAUUAUGACCCUGAGGCCAGUUAUGAUGUUAACGAUGGAGAUGCAGACCCUCAACCAAGAUACACACAGCGAAAUGAGAACAGACAUGGAACUCGAUGUGCAGGAGAAGUUGCAGCUGCAGCCAAAAAUGGUGUGUGUGGUGUAGGUGUGGCCUAUAAUGCUAAAAUUGGAGGCGUUCGUAUGUUGGAUGGGGAGGUGACAGACAUGGUGGAGGCCCAUUCCCUUAGCCUCAAUCCUCAGCACAUCCACAUUUACAGCGCCAGCUGGGGCCCAGAAGACGAUGGCAAGUCACUGGACGGCCCUGCCAAGCUGGCUAAGGAGGCUUUCCGCCAGGGAACAACCAAGGGACGCAACGGACUGGGCUCCAUCUUUGUGUGGGCCUCUGGUAAUGGUGGCCGGGAGCAGGACAGCUGUAACUGUGACGGGUACACUAACAGCAUUUACACCCUGUCCAUCAGCAGCACCACACAGUCCGGGAACGUGCCGUGGUACAGCGAACCCUGCUCUUCCACCUUCGCUUCCACCUUCAGCUCUGGAAACCCAGGGGAGAAGCAGAUAGUGACCACAGACCUAAGGCAAAAAUGCACAGACUCUCACACAGGGACGUCCGCUUCAGCCCCACUGGCUGCUGGGAUCAUCGCUCUGGCUCUGGAGGCCAAUAUGAACCUGACAUGGAGAGACAUGCAGCACCUGGUGGUGAGAACAUCCCGGCCCAGACACCUCAGCGCCGGAGACUGGAAGACCAAUGGAGUUGGACGCAGAGUGAGUCAUUCGUACGGUUAUGGGCUCCUGGAUGCCGGUGUUAUGGUGGCUCUGGCGCAGAACUGGACAACAGUGGGGCCACAGCAUCAUUGUGUUCACACCAUGCUUGCAGAGCCAAGAGACAUAGGAAACAAGCUGGUGUUCAGUAAGAGCGUGGACGCCUGCUGGGGACGACCGGAGUAUGUCAGCUCUCUGGAACACGUCCAGGCUCGCCUCACUCUCUCCUACAACCAGAGAGGAAAAUUGGCCAUUCAUCUCAUCAGCCCACUGGGCACACGCUCCACCCUACUGUUCCCCAGGCCCAAUGACUUCUCCUCAGAGGGAUUCAACGACUGGGCCUUUAUGACCACCCACUCAUGGGACGAGGAUCCUCAAGGGGAAUGGACCCUGGAAAUAGAAAAUGUAGCAGCUAAUGGACGUGACUAUGGUGUGUUGAGUCAGUUCACUCUCACCCUGUGGGGCACUGGACCCAGUGUCGUCAACCCCUCAUUAUCUGAUUUCCCCCGGCCGUCCAACAACAGCUGCAAGACCUUCGAUGCCCAGCAGAUCUGUAUCGAGUGCAGCCCCGGCUUCUCUCUCUUCCUCCAGGGUUGUUUGAAGUUGUGUCCGCCGGGCUUCACCUCCGGGCCGCAGCUCCUCAACCUCUCCCUGGAGAACUGGGUGGACUUGUCCUCCGUCCAAGCCUGCCUGCCCUGCAACCCCGCCUGCCUCACCUGCUCUGGCACUGGACCUACAGACUGCUUGUCCUGCCCGCCUCACAGCCACCUGGUCCUCACCUCCUGCCUGCACCAGAACCAGGUCCAGCGCAAGUCCCCUCUAGCUGGGGGCCUCCAGGGUGACGGGGCCCAGCCGUAUGGGGAGAUCCCAGCAGCAGUAGACGACAACAGCGAAGACGGUGAGGAACCUCCAGGGCUCAGCGUAGCUCCAUCCACUCAGCUGCCUGCCAUCUUGGCCGUGCUCAGUUGUGCCUUCAUCCUGGCUGCCUUCGUCGGGGUCUUCCUCCUUCUCCAGAUGCGCUCAGGUGGCACUUCUUUGGGCUGGAGGACCAAACUCCCAUCUGUGUACUCAGAGACGAGGGGGGUACGGUUGGGCUUUGGUUUUGGCUUCGGCCAAGGACGGGAGAGGAAGACACGGAUAUGCUACAAGGGGAUCCCCACUGUGUGGGGGGAUGAGGACAUGAUGGCCUACGAGUCUGAAUCAGACAGCGAGGAAGUGGACGGUCACAGUGAGAGGACAGCUUUUAUCAAGACGCAGAGCUCGAUCUAGCUGAACCUGCAUCUGCUGUUGUGUUGUCUGACACCAGGAUGUCCCGGUUGUCGUCAGCAUUUAGACAUGACUGUGUGGAGCCGAUACACGAACGGAGAAUCACACAGGUUCAGACAAAAACAAAACACAAGCCUUUCUGUCCAAUCAGCAUUCAGAUGCAUUAAAGAGUCAAUUAUUUGUUUUUCAUGUAUUUAUUUACAUUUUUUAAAAUUGAUCCUUAUAUGAUUAUUUUGAUGUAAGAUGUAUUUAUUAUGCAUUUGACUCUUCGUCACAAAUUUCAGGAGUUGUUCAAGUGUUUCACUUAAUUUUAAUUUUGCCAUAUUUUGUCCAGUUUAACGCAAUCUAGUGUUGCACUUUCACUACUUAAAGCUGGGGGAUUGCAAGAGAUAGAUAUUAAAAAGAAUGGUCAAAAUCAAAGCAGCAGGGCUUGAGAUAUCCUGAGAUGUCUAGUCUCAAGUAGAGGUAGAGCCCCAAAGACACAGAAUCCUACAUUUCCCACAAUGCGCCUCAAUAGCAUCUUUCAUGAGAUGCCCCCAGCCUGGUAAAUUCCCAUUUCUCUUCAAACUCCACAAUUUGUAAUGCAGCUUUUCUGAAAAGAAAAAAAAAAAUCUCAUAAUCUCAUAAAUCCCCAAAUAUCCCCGAUGCCAUCAUCCGUUGUUCCGACAGGGCUGGGAAAUCGUCUCUGCCACGUGUAAAACGGGUGGGGUGCUCCUUCAAACCAGCGCCUCAUCAAGUAGGCACCUGAUGUGUCCUCAACACAACCCCUCGGCCAUCCGAGUGCUAAUAAAUUGGCUUAGUUGCGUUUGUAUCCGAGUCCCGGCAGAUUGCGGGCCGGAGGUCGGGCGGUGGACGCGAGGGAACUUUUCGAAGUGGGAGAUUUUUCCGCGGCGCACCGGGACGGCACAAGCAAACAUCCCCGCGGGCUGCUUGCUAAGCAGGACGAGCUGCGGAGGAUGCUGCGUCCACAACACCCGCCCGCGGUGGGAAAAUGCCACGAAGCACAGACAGUGCUACAGUAUCGGAUACAUCAGUCAGAGAUGUUAUUGACUUGUAGCAGGAGUAACGCUGUUGUUGAGUGAAAUGAAAUGA